AUGGAACAGCAUGGAGAUAGGCGCGAAGAAGACGAGGAGACUGAGGAAGAAGAGGACUCGCGCCAACGCCAACAGACGCGUCAGGCAUCGCGAGUAGACCCUACCAUCACUCCUUGGGCGCGACAACUUGGAGUAGAUCCACAGAAGAUGCACGUCAUGCAGGCAGCUUUGUUUCGAAUGCCCGAGGAAGAACGCGCUCUGAAAGCCAUGAACGAGGCCCAGCCAAGCAAAAAGCGCCUUCUGCUACCGUCCCGGGCGAGAAAGCAUAGCAGAGAUUCGGAGGGGGAUGGGCUUCGUGCAGAUUCGCGACAGCGCGCCUCUUUCGCCCACGACAUCGAUCCGGAGCCAUACAGACCCUCGCGCAAAUAUGUACGGGUUGAAAGCUCAGCUUCUGCGUUUGGUGGGCUCGAAAAUGCAGCCGUGGAUCAAGGCUUGUACUUGGGACGUUCCUUCAGGGUAGGAUGGGGGCCGGGUGGUACCCUCGUACAUCUCGGCGAUCUGUGUGGCCCCGCCGGUACAUCCUACACCCAAGCCGCACGACUCCUCACACACCACCUCGCGCACACUGUCAUCGAGGACGAUGCAGACGGCGUACCGUUCGCCAACCCCUUACCAGCCCUUUCGUUUGCGUCAUUCGUCUCGCAGUUCCCCGCCACGGACCAUUCAUUCGAACCCACCCUUUUCCGUCUUGGACACGCUCUCUUCGAUUCCAUCGACUUCCGCCUUAAUAGCAUUCCAGACGCCUCCGUGCGGCAGCGCAUUGCCGAGAUUCGGCGGAAGACAGAACUUUCCAAAUGGCUCAAGAUGGCCGUCUCAUCCGCCACCGACGCUGACCUCCGCGGCCAACUCGACGCCAAGUGGUCGACCACGGUCUUCACCCUCCUUACCGGCUAUCAAGUCGGGCGCGCGUGCGACGCAACGAUGGACAGCGGCAACGUCAAGCUCGCAUCGCUCAUCGCGCAAUGCCCUGGGGACGCCGCGUUCCGUGGGGACCUGGAAGAACAACUCGAGCUCUGGCGCACGCAGAAAAUCGACGCACACAUCGACGCGGGCACUCGCCGGAUAUAUGCGCUUCUCGCUGGGAUCGUGAACACCCUUGAGGGAUCGCACGGCAGCGGACUCGAGCAAUGUCCCGACGUCGACCUUGCGGCAGGCCUGGACUGGAAGCGCGCAUUCGGCCUACAGCUCUGGUUCGGAAUGCCGAUGGACGCAUCCAUCGCGGAAGUUUUCCGAGAAUACGAUGCGCUCUGGGCGGACGACCGCGCAAGCGUCGCGGCGCCGGUGCCAUGGUACAAGGAACGACCCGCCGCGGAGCAGAGCGAGACAGCAUGGACCCUCCCAGCGUCGGCGCAGCCCCCGGACGCGCUGUACGCGCUGAUCAAGCUCUUCGCCGACUCGGAGUGCAGCUUAUCAUCUAUCCUUUCACCCUUUUCCUUUGGGGUAUCUCCGGCGGACUACCGCCUCCCGUGGCACCUGUACAUCAUCCUCUCGCGCUGCCUGCGGGUCCGCGACUUGGCCGACCGGGAAGCGUCCGGGGCUGCAGAGGGUGACGAAGAUGUUGAAGGACACAGUCCAAGCGCCGACCUACUGGCCAACAGCUACGCGUCGCAACUGGAGCAACUCGGUAUGGUACAAGAGGCCGCCUUCGUGCUUCUACAUCUAGAGAGCUCUACGGGACGAGUCAAGGCAAUCAAGGAACUGCUCACCCGUUGUGCGGACAAGCUAGACGAUUGGGUUACUCGUGGCCUUGUCGGUAGUCUAAAGCUCCCGAUGGCGUGGAUCAACGAAGCUAAGGCGGUCUACGCCCUCGACAGCGGCAAGGUCUACGAUGCAUACGAACUCUACUUGGCCGCCGGCCUGUACGACGCCGCGCACGACCUCGCCGUCCUGGAGCUGGCACCAGAUGCUGUUAUCCGGCAAGACCUGCUGCUCCUCCGCGAGCUCUUUGAAGUCUUCAAUGGGCGUCCGAUCACGGGCUGGAGCCUCCGCGGGAAGGUCUUCUUCGACUAUGUCGCCGUGCUCACGCGCCUGCCACAACUACGUGAUCGUAUACUCCAGGGCGAUGGAAUGCUCACCGAGGACGAGACGGCGGACCUCGAGCACUAUGCUCGAGCGGUUCCGAAGAUGCUCAACAUUCUGCCCGACGUUCUGCCCGACCGGUCGAACGUACGCCACAACGCCGCGGUUACGGAGAUGACGAACAAGCUCGUAUACCACCUCGACCGGACAAAACCGCUUGCGAUAGCACAGUCGCAAGUCCGGACACCGUUCUUCUCCGAAGCGACGCGGACAAAGAGCCUACACUCGACCAUGUACGAGAAGUUCCUCCGGACAGUGGAAGUCGCGUAA